CGACGGUCGGCCCUGUUCCUGGUGGACGGGGAAGCUAUGCUUAAGGCUGUGUGCCUAAUAGACAUCUUUGGACGUAUGAUCCUUGGAACUACGUAUGGAGGAGUAUCCACCUAAGGGAAUAAUACUCUCCCAUAGUACUUUUCAAGGAUGCACUUGAAAGAUGAAUUACGGACAGCUCUAAUAUGCACAAACGCUGCAGCAAUCUAUGGCCACAGCGCUUUUGGGCAGGAGCAACUCCUCUGCCAUUGUGCCCAAAGUUGUCAGAAUCGAGACUACUGCUUGUCGGAUAAGUGCUUUGAAUCCUGUGGAGGGAUCAACACGGCAUCUUCCUCUUCUAGCUCAUCUGCGUCCGCAGCUACUCCUACUGUUUCAACUACUUCUUCUACUUCUUGG